GUAACUUUGAAGCGUUACGGUUGGUCGCGAUUUCGAAUCGGAAUAACGUAUAAAAACCAGAAAAAGUUUCCCCCGGUCGAAGUGUGUUUACAUUGUUUUGCAAACUAAAAUUUACAAGCGCCAUGAACGGAUAUUUAUAAAAAUAGUAAAAGGCCAGCGAAAAUCAAAAUAAAAAUUUAUAGCAGUGAGAUUAAAUUCGCAAAGUCAGAAAAAUGUGGAAAAUCUGCAUUUUUACAUUGGUAAUUGCGGUGGUGGCGGCAGCAGCAACAACAGCAACAACUAGUGAAACCAUAACAAACGACUUGACGGCAAAAGGCAACCGAACGCAGUUGAAAAUUUCUACGGAGGAAUUGAGGGAAAUUUCCGCUGUGGGCGGGUCAACCUCAACGGCCACGCCCACCACCACGGCCACAACUAGUACAACAACAGCCAGGGCAACAACAACUUUGGUGGAGGAAAAUGGUGCAAGCCCAAAAGACGGGCUAAUGACAACCACCCAAAAAAUGCCAGCAGCCGAUUUGGUUGAAAUAGGUGGCAUUAAGGAUGCACUGCAUCGCAUUAAAUUGAGCGAAAAGCCAGUUGAUGGUACGGCAACAACCACCGAACAACCGGAAGCCAUGGAUCAGGAUCAGAAUGAGGAGGAGGAUGGGGAUGAUUUGACGCCCACCAUCUCGCCGCUGCAAAUUCAAAUGCAGGCUGCUGCCUCAUAUCAAGUAGCCGAAACGUUGGCCGACUUGAAUGAGGAGGAGCGCGCCCGAUACGAUGCCAUGCUGGCUCAGCAGCCCACGGCCAGUAAACUGAAUAUAGUGGAUCUGUAUCCAUUAAAGCUGGACGAUUUCCAGCCAAUCAUAGAAAACGACAACGAUGAGUUGAUCAAGCAGCGGACCAUUUUCACACAUCCCGAAAAUGCCGAGGAAUACAAGCAAAAUCUAAUGCCCAACGAGGUGGACUUGAUGGGCAAUAUAGAGGAGAAUGAAGUGAGGGAAAAAAUCAAAAUAAAUCAGGAAAAGUUUGUUACCACAGUGAAGCCCACUACAGUGAGACCGAAUCAAGGAACCACAGCUGAUUUCACGGGCAAACUGCUGGCCGAUCAAGAUGAUUUGAUAACCGAAAUAGAGAGCAAAUUUCAACUGCAUGAAACCACAACCAUUAGGCCAAGGACUAGUACUAGCACAACUAUUUCGCCUACCAGACAACAUCCGGGCCACACUUUUAUCGAUCGAAGGGUGAAGAAAAGCUUCGAGUUUCCCAUGCAACAUCGUGCCAGCGACGUGAUGGCCAUGCCGCACAUUGACUUUGCCAACACCAAGUUCCAACAGGAUGCCGAUCCCCCAGCCGCCUCGCAUCCCGAAUUCUCCACCACAAAGUUCUACAACAGCAAGGAGCUGUACAACGAAAUGUUGCUGCACAACAAGCGCAAGUUAAUGAAGGCAGCAGCCAAAGCUGAAGGCAGCAGUCCGAUAAAGUCAGCGGAGGAUACAACUCGGGUCACAACAAACUUGAACGUGACGCCCGAAGGGCAAACUUUUAACCCAACCACAAGUACAGCGAGUGGAACCACCAGCAGUGCCACAACACCAAUAACUACAACUACAACUGUUACUGAGUCAGCUACAACAACAACGACAACAACAUCAACAACUACUACUGGCAGUUCAACAACAACUAAUGGAAAAUAUCAAAAGCAGCUUAAGCGUGCCAAAUUAUUGCUGAAGGCCUUGACACCGCCGCCAAAGUCCAGUGACAAGACGACAGCUGCCGGGGAAUCCCCAUCAUCGACUUCCACAUCGACCACCACGACGGCCACACUGCUGGCCAGCGCCAGGACUCGCACUCGAACCCGCACCCAUCCGCCUUCCUAUCCGCCAGCUAAUCCCACUAAGGCCGCCUCAAAGCCAAUCGCCAGGCCGCGCAUCCUGAGUCGCCUGCAGGAGAAAAUCAAUUCGCUCGAAUGCGAGAUCCCCCCAGUGCCGCAGGAUUCACAUCUGUGGCGAGGCAAUGAGACCCACGAACUGCUGCUGCCCAUUGUGACCACGGAACAUUGUAGGCCGGAUGAGCACUGCAUACCGAAUGUUUUAACCUGGCGCGGUGAGGCGGAAAUCCAGUCCGGCGACAUUUUAAUUGUGGAAAUCAAUGAUGCCAUGUUAAAUCCAUCGCAUGAGCCGAACAACACAAGCAGCGCGGUACAUGCCACACAGGUGUACCAGGUAACUCGUUCCGGCCACGAACACUGCGACGUUACCGAGGGCGUCCUGCUGGAUAUCACGCCGCUGGUGGUCGACGGCAGGAAACUGGUUACACUGUACGAUAAGGACCUCACCGAGGGAGUUAACCUGCUAAUUGUGGUUUCCGAGCUGUGGGGAGCGCAGUGUGUGCGCCUAAAGGUGACCACGAAAACCGACAAUUGCGGCGACAACGCCGACUGUUCCGGCAAGGGAGUGUGCUACUCGAAUGCCGGGAUGGAGGAGUACGAGUGCCAGUGCUGCAGUGGCUUCGCAGGACCCCAUUGUGAGGAGAUCGAUGCCUGCAACCCGAGUCCCUGCACCAACAAUGGCAUCUGCGUGGACUUGUCGCAGGGUCACGAGGGCAACUCUUACCAGUGCCUUUGUCCGUACGGAUAUGCGGGCAAGAAUUGUCAAUACGAGUCGGAUCCCUGCAAUCCCGCCGAGUGCAUGAAUGGCGGCAGCUGUGUGGGCAACUCCACGCACUUUCGCUGCGAUUGUUCGCCAGGGUUCACAGGACCUCUGUGCCAGCACAGCCUGAAUGAAUGCGAGUCCUCGCCGUGUGUUCACGGUAUUUGCGUGGACCAGGAGGACGGGUUCCGGUGCUUUUGCCAGCCAGGAUUCGCCGGCGAACUGUGCAACUUCGAGUAUAAUGAAUGCGAAUCGAAUCCGUGUCAGAAUGGCGGCGAGUGCAUCGAUCACAUUGGCAGCUACGAGUGUCGCUGCACGAAGGGCUACAGCGGCAACCGUUGCCAAAUUAAGGUUGAUUUCUGCGCCAACAAGCCUUGCCCCGAAGGACAUCGCUGUAUUGAUCAUGGAAAUGAUUUCAGCUGCGAAUGCCCAGGAGGUCGGAACGGACCGGAUUGUAAUCAAAUGCCACGAACGUACUUCCAGCAAUGCAACGUGAAUCCCUGCACCCACGGCGGCACUUGUUGGUCCAGCGGCGAUAGCUUCUACUGCGCCUGUCGACCCGGCUACACGGGAACCAUGUGCGAAGAUGAGUUUGUGGUGGAGACGGUCGUUAGUUCCAGCGAAUUUAUUGUGGACGAUGCCAACGCUAGAAAUUUUAAUGACAAAACUUUCGGUUCAUCGGUUGUGCUUAAGAGUCCCAUUGAAUUGCAUAAUGCAUAUUUUGCGGCCGGAGUCCUGGCAGCCGCCAUUUUCAUCGUUGCCGUUGUGGUCACCAUUUGUCACUGCAAGGUCAAUCAGACGUAUCGGAAAUUCUCGACACGUUCCACCUCGCUUAUACCCAUUCUGGGCUUCAGUCGCCGGCCAAAAAUGCAGGGCAAGCUGAACAAACACUGGCUGAGUGGAAAGGGUGCUGCGAAUGCGACGGCCGCGGGCAGUGGUGCCAAUAAUGUGGCGCCCGCGGGUGGACCGAGGGGCGUGACCGCUGGAGGCGGUGUUCAGCAGGUCACAAGGCAUCUGCCAGGACAGCCGCAAACGCAGACCACGCUGGGUGGCCAGCUGCAGGAGCGACCUUUUCAACGGCACCUGGCCAUGAAUCUCGAGAACGACAUGUACUACACGGUGGACUUUAGCGAGAACUCACAGCACUCACCGUUGAUACAGUGAGACUUGGAUAAUAACGGCAGCGGCGGAUGGUCAGUCAAAUUCACCCCACACAAACUGGAGUGAGUGGAGAAAAUAUAUUGGGUUGGGUUUUGGGUGUGAUUGUGUAAUUAUCUUUGAUGCUACUCGUUGAAUAUUCCAAAUAUUGAACAGUAACCGAUAAUAAUAAACUAAAAGACAUGUGUGAAUUAAAUUUAUUGAUUAUGAUUCCGGCUAAUGCCAAGAACCCAUAUAUGUAUGUAUGAUUAAUACAUGUAUCUCUGGCAUAAAUAGGCUUAGCAUACUUGUUUAUCAAGGUUUAUUUAGGCUAAGCACACACAAACACAAGCACAAACACACACAGAAAGGAUAAUGUUUGAUUACAAAACACACCGAAUGAAGGGAGAUCAUCUAGAAUUAUGUAAAUGUUUUAUAUGCUUGCAUUAAACCUACUUCAGAUUAUGUUUAUUGUAUGAGUUUUGCAAAUUUGAAACUGUAUGUAAGUUUUCUCAUGUGGAAUCGUUUUAUGUUUUUGGCCUGAAGGAGUGUACUUCAGAUAUGGCAGAUUUUCUAUGCUAAUUGUGGCCAUAAAACCUUCAUAAACUUGUUAUGCAAAUGUCCGGUCUCAAAGUUAACUUUAUAGGUGCGCAUUUGCAUAUGGACAUUUCCAAGAUAUUAAAUGAUUUGGCUGGCCAAAAGACAAAAGAGGUUCUCUGUAAUUUUAAUUAGUUAAAGUAAUCCUUGGGGAAAUUUAGGAAAACUUUUGACCAAACAUCAAAGAGAUUCGGACUAAUUAUAUUUGUCAGUCUGAAAAUAUGUCACUCUAAUGGGAAAAAAAAAUAAUAUUUGAUGCCAUUUAAUAAAGUGUGGUUUUUGUACCGCAUUUUCAUUUGCAAAUGUUAGCAAUUAGUUAAAUAAUAAUAAAGCCCAAAACAGAAUUAUAUUGUUUUGCGUUUUCGGUCACCAUGAAAUCAAUUUGCUCUUGAACGUGUCGCAAAUAUUGAAAUUAUAUCAACUAAUUUCACGAAAUGCUGUUUAGUUUAGUUUUAAUUAAUUUUUAAAUUGAGCUGGAAACGGUUGGGUGAUUUAAAUUGAAUAUGGUCAGGGCAGAUAUCAGAGAUUAUUGCUGCUCCUGGCCCCCAAAUGUUCGACCGCAGUCGAAAGUUGUUAGUGAAAAAUAAUUAGCAUAAAUUAAAAUUGUAGCCACAAAAGUUAAUAUGUUUUUUGUGCAUAAAUAAUAUUUAUUUUGAAAUCGUUUCCAUAAAUGAAUGUGUGGUGCGUGUGUCCGGGUGCUGGCCGCAUUUAGCAUAUUGCUGUUGAUAUGUAAACAUUAAUACUGAUCGAAUUGCACAAGAGGUCGGCACAAAGUUGAGCUCUGCUGCUAUUUAAAUCGAAUGAAAAAUCCACACAGAAAAAAUACCGUCAGGCAAAUAAGUGAAUUAAAUUGAGACUUGAUGCAUCCAUUUUUUGCAUCAAUAGACUUUCGUGCAAUUUGGUAUGCAAAGAAAAAUGAGAUUGUAAUUAAAACGCUAUAUUAAGUAAUUAAUAACGAUAAAGUGAGGCAAACCAAAAAGCAAAAAAAAAAGAACAAGCGGAAAACAAAUAAUAAAAAAUUAACAAGAAGCCUUAGCCUAAGGAAACAAAAACAAAAAAAAGAGAGCAAAGCAAAUGAAAGUAUUGUAAUGAAAAUGAAAUAAUAAUAACAAUAACAGCAACUUAACCUAUGGCAAAACACUUGGCGUUUUGGGCAAUUACAAUUUAAUUUUUAAGCCAAUCAGCAAAAUAAAGUGGAAAAUUCCAGCGAAA